AUGAGUGUCGUUCAGGUGCAGGUGCAAGGGUGGGACAGGCCAAGCGGGUUGGUGUACGAGCCUAUCGAUGCGAACACAGGCGGCUGCAGCCAGCGACGGCGGCCGCGGAACGUCCUGGUCGCCUGCGCUCUUUUUGGCGCCGUCGCGCUCGGCAUGGUCACGGUGAGGAUGUCGUCCCCACUGGACCAUUCCACCGUGCCGGGGUUGGCCAACCCCACAACCUUAGCUGCAGGAGAUGGUGCGGCGAGGUCACCCAGGCAGCAGGAGCAGCAGUACCAGCCGCGCAUGUCGUUGUCGACGAUGAACAGAGGUCCUCUCGGGGUGAGGGUAUCGAACCACUACCAGCACGUCAACACGACGCAUGGCACGACGGACUUGUCUACAUACCCGUGGGAGCACGUUGCAGAGCCGUACCAAGCAACAAGGCUGGAGCUCACAAGCGUACCGGAGGGAGUCAUAGGCGGGUCGCACAUCAAGUAGAGAGGGAAGGGAUUGCUGUACCCUUCUCGCGAGAAAAAUAAGUCAGGCAGGAACCACAGGAGGGGGGUCCAACCCCCCCCUCCUAGGUGACCCCGGUUGGGUCGUCUAGCUGGCAGAAAAAAUAAAUGGAGGGUAGGGGCCAGAGGGGCAGACGACAGUCAGUGUCCCACCCUGGGAGCAAACCAAAAACCAAAAAAAUGCCAUAACGGAAAACUGAGCCUGCGUUGGUUGUUUGCGUCCCUCACUGCACUCGAUAACCUGAUUUGGCCCACUGUUGGGGUCACGCUUCUUCUGUGUCGCUCCACGUGAUCAUCUAUCUCACUGUUUCGCCCGAGGCCAUGCCGAUCUCCGGGACGACUGGACAUACACCCCGAAAAUGCGAAAAUCGUAAUCACAUAUAUAUACCCCGCCUCCUGCUGAACAACAGCAGGUGGACACCUUUUGUCCUGUUUGCUCCGUUACUCCCAUGCCCUGGUGCGUAGUGCCUGGUGCUGGUACGCUACCCUUUGAUUUUUUCUUUAGGCGGGUGUGGGAAGCGUUUUUUUUUUUUGAUCGGUUUCCGAGGGCUCUUUCUCGAACGAUCGGUGCGGUACCUGUUCUUUUUGUUUUUUUGCCUUCCGACAAAUAAAUGCAGAUGUACCUCAGAAAACUUUAACUUAAUGUUUCAUACUCUACAUGAAUAUCGAACCAAUACGAAGUACAACAACAUAUGUAGGACUUAUUUCUACCGUCACUUACAUCGUAAAAAUAUCUCCUCUUCAAUUUGAAAUAAUACCAAUGAUAAUCCUCAUGGUAUCCUACAUGCGUUCGUAGCUUGCUAAAAUACUACUGCGUUGAUGUCCUCUUGUAAAAGCUGAAAUUCAACAAAUGCUUUGAUCCAUGCUACAUCUCCGUGUUGGAAAAGCCCUUUCUUCUCCGUCCAUGAUAACAUCUUACCCUCUUCUGCGCAAAUCUGUCACAUAGAUACUCUCAAACAAGACGCCAACUUCAAACGAAAACGCGUUCUACGAUGUGUCUACACUCCAUCCCCAUGUCACUGGCGUUGACUGGUUCGAGGUCGAUCUUGUUCGCCUGCUUUCGGCGU